CAUCUCAGCAGGCAUAGAUAUUAACAAGCUUUUAGCAUUUAUAGAAAGUUUCCAGAAAUUUUAAUGUUUAAAUUAAGAUUGGUCUCGCCUCGGUAAUAGGUAAUGCAUCCAUGUGGGCUUUGCUUUAGUAUGCUUAAUUCACGGCCAGGAUAUGUUGAAAUUUGGAAGGCUGAGAAAACUUAGACCUCUGUUGGGAGCCAGAAAGUCAAACUUCUCUCAGAAAACUAAUGUCGAGACGAAAAUUGUCGAGCUGCCAGUGGGCAAGGUUAAGGGCAAGCAUCAGAUUGGCAACACCGGACAUGGAUUCUAUAGUUUUGAGGGCAUACCCUAUGGCAAGCCGCCUAUUGGGAAGCUCCGGUUUUGCCUACCUCAGCCGGCGGAGCCUUGGACUGGCAAGGUUCUUGAUUGCCUGAAGGAGCGUGCUGUACCAGUUCAGCAGGAAGAUAGGGAGCCGGAUACGGUGACCACAAUAGGCUCUGAGGAUUGUCUAUACCUGAACGUCUUCACUAAGCAUUUUGAUUCGGGUAAGCCGCUUCCCGUGCUGGUUUAUAUACACGGGGGCGGCUUCAAGACAGGCGGUGCUACCAGGACCAAAUAUGGGCCGGACUAUUUGAUGCGCGAGGACAUCGUCUAUGCGCAGUUCAGCUAUCGCCUGUGUGUGAUGGGCUUUCUUAGCAUGUCCAACGCGAAGCUGGGCGUACCCGGCAAUGCGGGCUUGCACGAUACGGUGCUGGCACUGCGCUGGAUCAAGCAGUACAUCUCGCACUUCAACGGGGACCCCGAAAAUAUAACCAUAAUGGGCACGAGUGCGGGAGCUGCCUCGGUGCACUUUAUGAUGUGUCUGCCGGAGGCUUGUGGUUUGUUCCACCGAGCCAUUAUGAUGUCUGGUGGUAUGACCUGUCCCUGGGUGCAUGUACCGAAUACGGAUACAUUGUCCUGUCGCCUGGCGAACGAAAAGGGUUACAGAGGUAAAAUGACGGAGGAGUGCGUCUUGGAGUUCCUUCGCUCGCAGCCCGCUGAGGAUCUGGUGCAAAAUAAGCUAUUCGGGUCGAGGGAACUUAUAUUUGGGCACCUGUAUCCGUUCGUGCCCACUUUGGAGCACCAUGACGGUAGCGAAGGCCUGCUCAAGCGUCCUUUUCUGCAACUGAUGCGGGACGCUUGGGCUAAGAAUGUGCCCUUGCUGCUGGGCGGCACCUCCUUCGAAGGCCUGAUCAUGUAUCCCUACAGCAAGCUCAACAAUGGUCAUAUUCUAAAUCUACUCAAGGAAGAGCCAACCCUAGUGCUUCCUUACGAUCUGUACCGGACGCUUUCGGUACGCGAACUGACUGAGCGAGCUGCGCAGCUGGUACGCUUUCAUUUUGGGCCUAGACAAAUCCAUACUAACAAUAUUGUGCAACUUUUGGAUCUAUUCAGCUAUAAGCUCUUCUGGCAUGGAAUACACCGGAUUGUGCUCUCCCGUCUGGCUUUUGCCGAGGCUCCCACCUAUCUUUACAGAUUCGAUUUCGACUCGAGCCAACAUAACUUGAUGAGAAUCAAUUUGUGCGGAGGCGACAUUCGGCGCGGUGUCUGCCAUGCCGACGAGCUGGGCUACAUCUUUCCUAGGGAGCUUAAGUUCAGAAAUGAACUGAAUGCGCCGGAAUGCCUCACUAUCAAUCGAUUGGUGGGCAUUUUAACGGCAUUUGCGAAAACCGGAGAUCCAAACUGUGCCGAAACUAAGCCAGAAGAGUGGAAGCCCGUGACUAAAAAGACACCCUUUCAUGCCAUGAACAUCAGUUACGACUUAACCUUCGACCGGCUGUUCGAGGAGGAAGGGCUUCAAGUGUGGAAUAAGCUGUACGAUAAUGACAAGCGCUUGCUUUAUGGUGGCUCUGCAUCACUUUUGCGAUCCUCCAGUGUGUUGUGCUUUGAGCUUAAAGCAACAAUCGAGCAUAAACUCCAACAAUAUCGUCUGACCACAAAUGAGUCGGUCGUCACCGACACGGAAUAUGGCAAAGUGCGGGGCGUUAAGCGCUUGACCAUCUACGAUCUGCCCUACUUUAGUUUUGAGGGCAUACCCUAUGCACAGCCGCCCGUUGGGGAGCUGCGUUUCCGUGCCCCGCAGCGACCCACGCCCUGGGAGGGCGUACGGGACUGCACCCAGCCCAAGGACAUAGCAGUGCAGGUGAAUUUCGUCUUCGACAAGGUCGAGGGCUCCGAGGAUUGCCUCUAUCUGAAUGUCUACACGAAUAAUCUCAGUCCAGCCAAGCCACGCCCAGUUCUGGUCUGGAUACAUGGCGGCGGCUUCAUCAUUGGCGAGGCCAAUCGCGACUGGUACGGCCCGGACUACUUCAUGAAGGAGGAUGUUGUGCUGGUCACCAUUCAGUAUCGUUUGGGUGCUCUGGGCUUCCUCAGCUUGAAAACUCCUGGCUUGAAUGUGCCGGGCAAUGCAGGUCUCAAGGAUCAGGUGAUGGCUCUGAAGUGGAUUAAGAACAAUUGCGCCAGCUUUGGCGGCGAUCCCGAUUGCAUAACGGUGUUUGGCGAGAGUGCUGGAGCUGCCUCCACCCACUACAUGAUGCUGACGGACCAAACGCAGGGACUCUUCCAUCGUGGCAUCCUGCAGUCGGGCAGCGCCAUUGCGCCUUGGGCCUUCAAUGGCGACAUUACGUCGCGCGCCUUCCGGAUUGCCAAGCUGGCGGGCUACAAGGGCGAGGACAACGAGAAGGAUGUGCUACAGUUUCUGCAGACAGUGCGUGCCAGGGACCUGAUACGCGUGGAGGAGCAGGUGCUGACGCCCGAGGAGCAUGCGAACAAGGUGAUGUUUGCCUUUGGCCCCGCGCUGGAGCCAUAUACCACGCCCGAGUGCGUCCUGCCGAAGCAUCCGCUCGAGAUGAUGAAGACCGCGUGGAGCAACUCGAUACCCAUGAUGAUAGGCAACACCUCGUACGAGGGUUUGCUCUGGGUGCCAGAGAUCAAACUGAUGCCCCAGGUGGUGCAGCAGGUGGACUCAGGCACGCCCUUCGUUCCCCGCGAGCUGGCAGCGAUCAACAGCGAAAAGGUCAGCAGCUGGGGUCAGAAGAUACGCAGCGCUCAUUUGACAGGCGAGAAGGCUACACCUGAUAAUUAUAUGGAUCUCUGUUCCAUUUAUUAUUUUGUCUUUCCUGCUCUGCGCGUGGUCCGCUCGAGACACGCCCAUGCUGCUGGCUCGCCCGUAUACUUCUAUCGCUACGACUUCGAUUCGGAGGAGUUGAUAUUCCCCUACCGUAUCAUGCGUUACGGCCGUGGUGUCAAGGGCGUCAGUCAUGCGGACGAUUUGACGUAUCAGUUCGCCACUCUCCUGGCACACCGCAUGCCGAAGGAGAGUCGGGAGUACCGCAACAUUGAGCGCACGGUGGGCAUCUGGACACAGUUUGCGAGGACCGGCAACCCGUACAGCUCGGAGAUCAAUGGCCUGGACAUGAUUACCUGGGAUCCGGUGCGGAAGAGCGAUGAGAGCAUCAAAUGCCUAAACAUUAGCGAUGAAUUGAAGUUUAUUGAGCUGCCCGAAUGGCCGAAGCUGAAGAUCUGGGAGAGUCUCUACGAUGAUAACAGGGCGCUGCUGUUCUAAUAGACGAAUGCCUUAACUAAACUAUGUAAUUGCUGUUAUACGAAUUUGUACAUAAAUCCGGCUGUAUUGAGUUGAUCGAAAUAAACAAUUGGUGGAUUGUUUUAACAAUUAAA